AUGAACAACAAACUUGCUGAUUUAAUUAGUAACUAUCUCAAUGAAUAGAAACAUCUUGCAGAUAAAUAUACUAGAUUAUUCAAUCAAAUCAAAUAAGCUGAUUCAUACUAUGGUCGUAAUUCUAGCUCUAUGCUCAACCUCAAAAAAAGAUCUUCCAAUUCAGAUUAUAGUUAUAGUUCUAAUAAAGAAAAGAUUUAUUGUUAAUUUUGUGGAAAAUAAUAUACUAGUAGAUUACCAUUAAAAAAUCAUAUUGAAAAAUUUCAUUUUCAAGAAAACUAUCCAUCAAAACAUGAACUCUCAACUAAAUAAAUCACCUCAUAUGAUGAUGAUGAAGAUUGUAGAAAUGAUGAAAAUAGUUAUAAUGAAGCAGAUGAAUAAUUGAGACAAAAAUUAUUGAGAAAUGUUUAAGCCAUUUAAAAAAGAGACAACUAAGCCUAACCACAAGAAGAUGUAGUCAUCAGUGGUAUUGAUUCAGAUUCAUAAAAUUGA